UAGCUUCCGUUAGAACAGAGCGGGCUCUUCCAACGGGCCGAUGCUCUCAAUAGACUUCUGCGCUCUGAUCCCUAUAACCAGCUUCGGACGGAUUCUUUCUUUAUGCGACGUGCCAAAAAAAAAUUGCUUUCCAGGACAGACCUAACGGAUGGCUAAGAACAGACAGAGCUGUGGACUGACAGAUUCCCGAAACGGUCCGUCUAGAGGAUUCCGUGCUGACCGUUCGAACAUGGGACAGCUCUCUCUCUCACAUCUGACAGUUCCCUUCCUUAGAACGGACCGGCCGACUCUCUCAGGAGAAAAACUCCUAGGCACUCCAGCCUCUGCAAUGGACGUGCCGACUCUCUCAGCUGACCGAUUGACUCUUUUGACAAACGAAUCGACUCCUUUAGCAGACCGACUGACUGAUUCUUCAAGCGGACAGACCGACUCGCUCACCGGACAUGUCGAUUCUCUCCAGCGGAUCGACCAACUGACCAGACGGACCGAUUCCACAAUGGCCGUCCUUGCCCAAAUUCUGGACGUCAGACUGUUGUACUUCAUUUUGCGAUGUGCAACAAAACUGACGGAGGGACUUCUUGAAGUAUGACAAGUUUUGAGAGAUCACAGUUAUUGCGACAUGCAACAAAACUCAUACACAGCCAAGAUUCAACAAACUUGGUACAAUUGACAGUUGUUGUUGCGACGUGCAACAAGACUUUGGAAGUUCACACUGACAGCUGAGUCCUGCAGCACAGUUGGAGGUGAAAGCGGGCGGAAAAAACAUUGAUCCUUUUGCG